CAAUUGAGUAUAGGGCUGGGUUUUUUGGAUAGGACUAGCCAAACCCGCCCCAACGCAAAGCCACCUCCUUUCCUUGCUCACUAGUUGCCGUUGGCUCCCUAGCUUUGGUAUUCGUACAUGGCCUCCCUCCUCUCUUUGCCGCCAUUAACUUCCUCUUUUUCCCGGGAUCAUUCCUUCUUCUCCGCCGUCUUCUUCCACAAAAGGUGUGACAAACGGUCAUGGAAUUUUGAAAACAUUCGAUACUACACGAUCAAGUGCAGACUUGCCCGAGCCAAAGAGCCUUCUUCUGCAAAACAAGACAUGGUGAUAAGAGAACCUCACAAGUAUUUUGAUCAAGUCAUAAUUACAGUUCGUUCAGGUGAUGGAGGCCAUGGUGCUGUCCUCAAUAUGCCCAAUCAACAGGGAGGUGGUAAGUUGCAAGGAAAACGCGACAAGGAAAAUGCCAGAAAGAAAGGUUCGUACAAAAGGGACUUUGAUGGGUCUCUUAUCCUUCCCGCGGGUGGGCAUGGAGGAGAUGUAGUAAUUUAUGCAGACGAGGGUAAAGAUUCAUUGUUGGAACUUCAUAUGAAAAGCCGGUCUAAUGCCAAACGUGGUGGAAAUGUUAAUGCCAUGGGUGUUCUGAACUCGCAAUUGCGGGAUGGACUUCCUGCGCCAAUUUUGCGGAUUCCUGUGCCUGUAGGCACAGUAGUUAAGCAUAAACGAGGGAAGUUGUUAGCUGAUCUAGCGCGUCCGGGUGAUGAAAUCCUUGUGGCAAGGGGUGGUCAAGGAGGGAUUAGCUUGUUAGACAUGCCUCAACACAGAAAACAAAAGGUGAUGGCUUUAACCACAAAUGUGAUGAGAGACGAUAGUGAUAAGGUUUUAGUCCUUGGUCAACCUGGAGAAGAGGUUAGUUUGGAGUUGAUUCUACGAGUUGUCGCUGAUGUUGGUUUGGUUGGUCUUCCAAAUGCUGGGAAAUCAACUCUUUUGGCAGCCAUAACACUUGCAAAGCCAGAUAUUGCUGAUUAUCCCUUCACAACCUUAAUGCCAAACCUUGGACGCCUUGAUGGUGACCCAAGUUUAGGGGCAGAGAUGUAUUCUUCUGAAGCAACGCUUGCAGAUUUACCUGGUCUUAUAGAAGGGGCUCAUCUUGGAAAGGGUCUUGGUCGCAAUUUUUUAAGGCACUUGAGGAGAACUCGAGUAUUAGUGCAUGUUGUUGAUGCAGCAGCUGCAGAUCCUAUACAAGACUACAGAACUGUUAAAGAAGAAUUACGAAUGUACAAUCCCAAUUAUCUUGAGCGACCAUACAUUGUAGUUUUGAAUAAAAUUGACCUUCCUGAGGCAAGGGACAGUCUUUCCUCUUUGAAAGAAGAAAUAUUUGGAAUUGGAUGUGAGAGGAUAACAUCUAAACUAGAGUUAAUCUCUGACAAAACACUCAAACCUUCGUCCCCUGAAGUUCAUGAUGCUCUAGAUCAUAAUGAAGAGAGAAAAGAGAAACAACUUGAGGACUAUCCAAGGCCUCUUGCUGUUGUGGGAGUCAGUGUUCUGAAAGGCAUCAAUGUAAAAGAAAUGUUGAAAGAGAUAAGAGAAGCUUUAAGGAAAUGCAAAGAUUCUAUUGAACCGUUGGAGUUGAGUGGGAGACAAUGAGACUGACAUUAGAAGAGCAUUUUCUUUACCUGGCUUGUAUACAUUGGUAGAUAAUUAGGUCUGUAUCAUAUGUAUAAUUGCUUUAGGCGUUUAUAAAUGGGGGUGUAUUGUGCUUUUUAAUCUGUCCUAGCUUAGAGCUGCCUAGUUACUGGUGGCAGCCCAGUACGUGCACACGCUUCUGCAUAUGGGGACGAGUUGAAUUUUGAACUUGUCAGGUUUGAGCUUUAUGAUUAUCUUCAAAUGGAUAAUAUUUUCGAAUAUUUAUAUAUAUAUAUUCUGUUGAUAAAUAUUUGUUAGAUAGUCAAAAUACAUUAUUUUUUUCUGUGUUA